AUGGUUCACCUUGGAAAGGUCGCGACUGACAAGGACCUGAUCGAUAAACUCGGUCCCGCGAUCGACGAGUUAUCACUCGGGGCCCCAGGCCAAGACGAGUUUACAGGUAGUGUCUAUGGGUCGAAGUAUGCAGCUCGAGACCUCCCAAGGAAUGAGAUGCCAGAAGAAGAAAUGCCUCGCGAGAUUGCCUAUCGAAUGAUCACCGACGACCUCAAGCUUGACGGUGCUCCUACGUUGAACUUGGCGUCCUUUGUGACUACUUACAUGGAGGAGGAGGCGGAGAAGCUUAUGGUAGAUGCAUUCUCCAAGAACUUUAUCGAUUACGAGGAAUACCCCGUCUCAGCAGACAUUCAGAAUCGCUGUGUUUCCAUGAUCGCUCGUCUUUUCAACAUUCCGGCUCAUGACGAGAACACGAAUGCCAUGGGUACGUCGACCAUUGGAUCCUCCGAGGCCAUCAUGUUGGGCACACUUGCCAUGAAAAAACGCUGGCAGAACAAGCGCAAGGCGGAGGGCAAAGACUUCAGUCGUCCGAACAUCAUUAUGAACUCUGCUGUUCAGGUCUGCUGGGAAAAAGCCGCGCGAUACUUUGACAUUGAGGAGAAGUAUGUCUACUGCACGUCAGAUCGAUUUGUGAUCGAUCCUGAGGAGGCGGUCAACUUGGUUGAUGAGAACACCAUUGGCAUUUGCUCCAUUUUGGGAACGACUUUCACUGGGGAGUAUGAGGAUACCAAGGCUAUCAACGAUCUGCUUGUUGAGCGAGGCAUCGACUGUCCGAUUCACGUUGAUGCUGCGUCUGGAGGCUUUGUAGCGCCAUUUGUCAACCCAGAGUUGAUUUGGGAUUUCAGACUAGAGAAAGUCGUGUCGAUCAACGUGUCUGGGCACAAGUACGGAUUGGUAUACCCUGGAGUCGGCUGGUGUGUGUGGCGCGAUCCAGAGUUCCUACCCAAGGAGCUGAUCUUCAACAUCAACUACCUAGGGGCCGAUCAAGCCUCAUUCACCUUGAACUUUUCCCGCGGCGCUAGUCAAGUUAUCGGACAGUACUACCAACUAAUUCGCUUGGGAAAGAAGGGCUACAGAUCGAUCAUGUUCAACCUGACCCGCACUGCAGACUAUCUCGCAGCAUCGGUGCAGCAGAUGGGCUUCAUUCUCAUGUCCGAAACCCGUGGCAAGGGACUCCCACUGGUCGCCUUUCGACUCGAUCCCGCACACAAGCAUAAGUUUGACGAAUUCGCCAUUGCACACCAGCUGAGGGAACGCGGGUGGGUUGUUCCAGCAUAUACCAUGGCACCCCAUGCCGAGAAGCUGAAGAUGAUGAGAGUCGUCGUACGGGAAGACUUCAGCCGUAGUCGCUGCGAUGCACUGGUGUCGGAUCUGAAGAUGGCAGUGGAAGAGUUGAAGAAGAUGGAUGAGAAGACGCUUGAGCAGCAUAAGGAGCAUGCAAAGAAUAAGGGCAAAAGACAUGCGGAGAAGAACAAGACAAACAGCCACUACAAGGAUGAAGAGCAUAGUUUGAAGGGCAAGCAUGGCAAGACUCAUGCCGUGUGCUGA